AUGAAGGAUAGGAUGCGCAAGGAGAAAUCCACAAUUUCAAGGCCGAAUGCGGAAGGAAAACAAAAAUUGAAGAAAGUUAAUUUUGUAAUGUCGAAGCCAACCCCAAAAUGGAAGCCACAAAAGUCAGCGAGGGUUGAUUCUGGGGAGGGUGGAUUGGUUGGUGAUUCUAGUCUGGAGGUGGAAAUCUUAAAAUCAAAUCCCUUAAUUAUUAGGGCUCCACCCUCUGAGAUGGAAAACGUGCAUUCUCACCUUGUUGCUAAAGAGGUUGCGGAAACCCUAGAAGCUGGCUACGAGAAUGCUGCAAAAAUAGAUUGCUCGCGGGCUAUGCAAACCCUAGACCCUGGGAACGCGAAUACUUCUGGACUCACAACCUUUGAAAAGGCGAUGAUUCCAGUUGAUGUUAUGGAGACUUCAUAG